AGUUUGACAAGUUUAAAAUUUCAAGUGUACACAUACACAUAUAACCCAAUUUCUGCAUGGAAUUGGGUUUUGGUGUAACUAAUAGUAUUUAUUUUUCACUGAAAACACAAUAUUAAUUUACAUUUUAUUAUAUAUGACCGAAAGAAAUAAAAAAAAUGAAAAUUUACGGAACAAAGUGAUACGAAAGAUUGAUUCUAGAUUUAGUACAUUUUUGGAAUAGAAAGUACUAUUAUAAGUUAAAGUAUUGAAUCAAAAUGGAAAACAUUAAAAAAUCUGAUGAUGUGGAUAGUCCAACAGCCGAUGGGCCCGAUGGGAAUCUGUUGCAGCCGCCUAAAGAGAAAAGUAUCCCACCAAGAAAUCCACUGAUGAAAGUACGUACAUACGUGUUGGCGUUGCGGCCAUGGUCCCUUAGUGGAAGCCUGCUACCUACCUUACUGGGUGCUGCGCUGGCGUAUCGACUUCCCGGCGAGAACGGGUUCAGUUGGGUGACGUUGCUGCUGACACUGUGUACUGUUGUGCCCGUUCAUGGCGCCGGAAACGUCGUCAACACAUACUUCGACUUCGUCAAAGGUAUAGACAACAGAAAAUCUGAUGACCGAACUUUAGUCGACCAUAUUCUGAGCAUUGAUGAAGUAGUUUCCCUAGGAGCUUUACUUUAUAUGGCAGGAUGUGCAUUUUUUGUAUUGCUAGUUAUAAUGUCUCCUGCAAGAAUGGAACACUUAGCUUUAGUAUAUUUUGGAGGUUUAUCUUCGUCAUUUUUAUACACAGGAGGCAUAGGUCUAAAGUAUAUAGCCCUCGGUGAUAUAAUAGUUCUAGUCAUAUUUGGCCCGGUGUCUGUAGUGUUUGCUUUCCUAUCCCAAACGGGUAGAGUGGAUUGGCCUAUUUUUUACUAUGCCAUACCAUUGGCUCUGAACACAGAAGCUAUAUUACAUAGUAACAACACUAGAGACUUGGAGGCAGACAGCAAAGCUGAAAUUGUAACUUUAGCUAUUCUAAUAGGCAGAACAGCUUCUCAUUUAUUGUAUGCAUUUUUACUUUUCACCCCGUACAUAAUGUUUGUUGUGGCGUCUGUCCGCUGUUCUCUGUGGUUUCUGGUGCCACUGUUGACUUUGCCUAGAGCAUUUGAAAUUGAGAGGAGGUUCCGACGUGCUGAAACAAUGCAGUAUGUCCCCAGACAAACUGCAAGACUUAAUUUUUAUUUUGGAAUGUUGUAUAUGAUUUCCUGUUUGUUUGCCAAUAAAUUACCCUUUCUUCUGAGAUAAUAAACUGAAGCUUUUUAGUUUUGGUUUUGAUGGUAUUCAUGUACUUAAUGGAGCUUAAUUUUAAUGACUAAGUAAAAUUGUUUGAAUAAACUGCCUUAUAUUAAAAAGGUCCUUUUAUUUAUAAGAAUAAAGGCUUCUUAGCUUUCAAUUUUAUAAGAAUAAAAUGAAUUUUUAAGUACUGAAACAUUAAUAAAUUACUGAAAAAAAAAUAUUGAUUAAUCAUUGCUAAAAUAUAACAAACACAGUUACUGCAGUAUUCAUGCAUUUAUUAUUAUAUAAUUACAAUAAAUGUCAUAUUUUAUGCGAAUUUAUUAUGCAAGAACUUGACUUGGUUAAUAUUUUAUCAUUUUCAGUUUUUUACUCUGAAUAAUGUUUGUAAGAGGAAGUAAUUAUAAUAUUUUACUAUUCAAGCAGUAAUAUUUUGAAACAGGAUGUAGAAUUUGAAAAAAAGAAUGAUAAAGGCCACAAAUAACCAUUAUACUUAUAGUAAUAUUUCUAUACAAAUGUAAAGUAGGCAGACUUUUUUUUGAGCCCUCUACUUACACCACAUUGGUGUCAACAUGAAUCUCCUUUAGUUUUAUUUGUGUCCUUCAUUUUUUUAAAUUGAUACUUUAUCUUGCUUAGCUGAUAAAUACAUAAACACUUUUUCCUUUUGGCUAAAUACUUAUUGGUGUUAAGUAAAAAUAUCAUAUUGUCUUCCAAUAUAUUUUAGGUCCUUCAGGUAUAAUAAAAUGUACUGUUUGUGACUUCAUAUUGUACAAUAUGUUUAUUUUAUUACUGGUUGCAAUUAUUUGAUGUUAUUUUAAGAAAAGUAUGUUGUCUAUAUUCUGGUCAAAUGCAGCUGGAAAUAUGUUAGUCUUAAAAAAACUCUUUGCUUGAAUUAGUUAAAAUGAAGGCUUAUCAAAAAGUACUAUACCCACCUCUAUGCCUUCUUACAUAAAUAAUUAUUUUAUUUUGUCUAUUUUGUCAUUCAGUUUGAGAGAAUUAGGCAAGUAAUGUCUAAAAAUAAGCUAAAUGUAUUCAUGUACUCAUGUAAUUUAAUCACUAAACAAAGGUUUAUUUAAAUACAAUAAUAGAUGUAAUAAAAUUUACUAUUUACAAGUAGUAUGAGCAUAUCUUUUAUGAAAAUAGGACUUGCAGGACUAAUAAAGCCCUAUUUUAUGUUUUCAACAAGAGUUAUUGUUUAAUUUCAUUGUUUUUUUUUAAUUAAUGUAAACUAGGAAUUGAAUAACAUAUUUGAGUACCUAUAAAAAACAUGACAUAUUAAGUUUUAAUGAUCCAAUUUUCAUGAGAUUUUUGUAAUACAUAGGACUCCAUUUUAUGAUAUAGGCCACUAGGGUCGCUGCAUUUAA